AGGAGAAAACCCACCCAGCGAAAAGCGCAGCCAGGCCCGUACACCGAGCAGCAGACCGCGGCGGACAAGCCACCGGGCGCGGAGGCAGGAUGGCGACGCCGAUGGCCGGGGAGGGGCCGAUCGCCACGGCAAUUCCGCGCUCCCCUCCUCCGCCGGCCGCCUCCGCGGCGGCGGCGGCAGGCGGCGCGGGGUCGGCGGCCGAGGCGCCCGUGCUGAUAUUCGUCUACUUCCACAAGGCGAUCCGCGCCGAGCUGGAGAGGCUGCACGCCGCGGCCGUGCGGCUCGCGACGGAGCGCGGCGGGGACGUGGCGGCCCUCGAGAGGCGCUGCCGCUUCCUCUUCUCCGUCUACAGGCACCACUGCGACGCCGAGGACGCGGUUAUCUUUCCAGCACUCGAUAUUCGAGUCAAGAAUGUAGCAGGGACGUAUUCCCUUGAACACAAAAGGGAAAAUGAUCUCUUUGCCCACCUAUUCGCUCUAUUUCAGCUCGAUGUACAUAACAAUGAUGGUCUCCGUAGGGAACUUGCGUCCUGUGCUGGAGCGAUUCGAACAAUCAUAUCUCAACAUAUGUUCAAGGAAGAAGAACAGGUUUUCCCAUUACUUAUUACAAAGUUUUCACAUGAAGAGCAAGCUGGCCUAGUCUGGCAAUUCUUAUGCAACAUCCCUAUAAAUAUGAUGGCUGAUUUCCUUCCAUGGCUUUCAUCUUCCGUUUCACCUGAUGAGCAUCAAGAUAUUAUUGAUUGCUUACAUGAAAUAGUUCCUCAAGAGAAACUUCUCCAACAGAUUGUAUUUGGAUGGUUUGGAGGAAAAGCAGUGAGAACAGAGGAGGAUUUCGAUAAUCCUUGUUCAAAAGGCAGUUGUCGAUGUGAGAAUAACUCUUAUCAAACAGACAAGCACGGAUGCUCACAUGCGCAUUGUAAAAUUGGCAAGAGAAAGUAUGCAGAAUCUAGUCGUAGUUUGCUUGCCAUACAUCCAAUAGAUGAGAUAUUGUGUUGGCACAAUGCUAUCCGGACAGAACUGCGUGAUAUAGUAGAUGAGACAAGAAGGAUCCAGCAGUUUGGUGACUUCUCCAACAUACCAGCCUUCAAUCUGAGGCUUCAGUUUAUCGCAGAUGUGUGCAUCUUCCACAGUAUUGCCGAGGAUCAAGUUAUAUUUCCUGCAGUUGAUGGUGAAGUGUCCUUUGAGAAGGAGCAUGCUGAACAAGAACAACGGUUUAAUAAAUUUAGAUGUUUAAUUGAACAAAUCCAAACAGCAGGAGCCAGAUCAACUGUGGUGGAUUUUUACACCGAAUUAUGUUCACAAGCUGAUCAGAUAAUGGAGGAAAUCGAGGAGCACUUCAAUAAUGAGGAAACAAAAGUACUUCCUCAAGCUAGGAUAAAGUUCUCACCAGAGAAACAAAGCGAACUUUUAUACAAGAGCCUUUGCAUUAUGCCAUUGAAGUUAUUGGAGCAUGUUCUACCAUGGUUUGUAUCGAAGCUGGAUGAUGCAAAUGCACAGUCAUUUCUUCAGAAUAUGUGCUCGGCAGCACCUUCCUCUGAAACUGCACUGGUCACUCUUCUCUCUGGUUGGGCGUGCAAAGGCCGUUUGAAGGAUACAUCCAACUCUGGAAAAUUCUUAUGCUUGACAUCAGGAGCACUGAACUGCUCAUAUGAUGGAGAUGAGUUAAACGAACGUCAAUCCUUCUGUCCAUGUUCAGUCAGCAACAAUGGAGCUUUUUCACCACCUCAGCUAACAGCAAAUGGUUCAAGGCCAGUCAAGCGAGGAAAUCAUGCAGAAUCUAGUACCGAUAUUAAAAGAAGUCACUGUUCACAAACUACUGACAUUGAAGAGGCUCCAUGUAACAACAGACCUUGCCACAUUCCUGGGUUAAGAGCAGAAAGUACUAAUGUUGGUGCUGAUUCAUUGGCUUCUGCAAACUCUUUUCGCUCUCUGUGUUACAGUUAUUCUGCGCCUUCAUUAUACUCGAGUCUUUUUUCAUGGGAGACAGAUGCAGCAUUUUCCAGUCCAGAUAAUAUCUCUAGGCCAAUUGAUGCAAUAUUCAAAUUUCAUAAGGCAAUUCGCAAAGAUUUAGAGUUUUUAGAUGUUGAAUCUGGAAAACUCAUUGAUGGAGACAAAUCCUGCCUUCGCCAAUUUGUAGGAAGAUUUCGUUUAUUGUGGGGACUUUAUAGAGCGCACAGCAAUGCUGAAGAUGAAAUUGUAUUCCCUGCUCUUGAAUCGAAAGAAACACUACAUAAUGUCAGCCACUCCUACACCCUCGAUCACAAACAGGAGGAGGAAUUAUUUAAAGAUAUAUCCACUGUUCUGUUUGAUCUUUCACAACUGCAUGAUGAUUCUAGUCAUUCCAUUGAUGAAACUAAUGAAGCUGGAAACCAUAUUUGUUCACAUAAUGAAACUUAUCGUUCCAGGAAGCACAAUGAGCUUGUGACAAAGCUUCAAGGAAUGUGCAAGUCAAUCCGAGUCACCCUGUCUAAUCAUGUGCAUAGAGAAGAACUUGAGUUGUGGCCACUGUUUGAUAAACAUUUUUCUGUAGAUGAUCAGGAUAAGAUUGUAGGUCGUAUAAUUGGAUCUACGGGAGCUGAGGUUCUGCAGUCAAUGUUGCCCUGGGUUACUUCAGCACUCAGUCUUGAGGAACAGAACAGUAUGUUGGAUACCAUGAAACAAGCAACUAAGAAUACAAUGUUUGAUGAAUGGCUAAACGAAUGGUGGACGAGAUCACCAUCUUCAUCUGGCCCCUCAAAUGAGACCUCAUCAUCUCCAGAAGAAAAUCAUUUUCAGGAAAACCUUGACCAUAGUGACCAGAUGUUUAAGCCUGGUUGGAAGGACAUCUUCAGGAUGAAUCAAAGUGAGCUCGAGGCUGAGAUACGAAAGGUUUCUCAAAAUUCUACCCUUGACCCUAGGAGGAAGGCAUAUCUAAUUCAAAAUCUCAUGACGAGCCGCUGGAUAGCUGCUCAGCAGAAAUCACCACAACCAAAAUCAGAAGAUCACAAUGGAUCUACUGUUAUACCUGGAUGUUUUCCUUCAUAUCGCGAUGGAGAGAACCAAAUAUUUGGUUGUGAACAUUACAAAAGAAACUGCAAGCUUGUCGCUGCAUGCUGCAAUAAGCUGUUCACAUGCAGGUUCUGUCAUGAUAAAGUUAGUGAUCAUACAAUGGAAAGGAAAGCAACGGUGGAGAUGAUGUGCAUGCGAUGCCUGAAAGUUCAACCAGUUGGUUCAAAUUGCCAAACUCCUUCUUGCAAUGGGUUAUCCAUGGCAAAGUAUCAUUGCAGUAUAUGCAAGUUUUUUGACGAUGAAAGGAGUGUAUAUCACUGCCCUUUUUGUAAUUUGUGUCGUGUUGGGCAAGGAUUGGGUACCGACUUUUUCCAUUGCAUGAAUUGCAAUUGUUGCCUCGGUGUGAAAUUGAUCGAACACAAAUGUCGCGAAAAGAUGCUAGAGAUGAAUUGUCCAAUCUGUUGCGACUUCUUAUUCACAUCAAGUGCAGCAGUUAGAGGUCUUCCUUGUGGCCAUUUCAUGCAUUCAGCUUGCUUUCAGGCAUAUACUUGCAGUCACUACACCUGCCCAAUCUGCAGCAAAUCCUUGGGAGAUAUGACAGUGUACUUUGGCAUGCUUGAUGGCUUGCUUGCUGCAGAAGAACUUCCUCCUGAAUACCGGGAUCGGUGCCAGGAUAUACUCUGCAACGACUGCGGAAGAAAAGGGCGAUCCCGGUUCCAUUGGCUGUAUCACAAAUGCGGCGCAUGUGGCUCGUACAACACUAGAGUCAUCAAGACAGAUGCAGCAGAUUGCUCGACGUCGAAUUAACAGGCGAGUUUAGUUUUUUUUUGGUUCUUGCCCGAUUCUUUUGGAAAUCCGUUCCUGUAAUGUACUUCGACACACAGAAUGUGUGUGUACAUCUAUGAUGAUUAAUAAGUCAUUACGAAUCCAUGUCA